UGUGAAGUGGUGGGAGUCAAAAAAAAAGAACGCUCCUCUGUCCUCAGAAAACGCCGAACCAAAGAAAACCAUGAAACUAGGAAAAAUACUUGCCAUUGCAGGAGCAACAGCUGCGGGAGCAGUGGGGGCGGUGCUUGCAGCUCCUGCAGUUCUGGGAGCUGUUGGAUUCACCUCAGCUGGAAUAGCAGCUGGAUCCUUUGCUGCAAGCAUGAUGUCUGCAGCUGCUGUAGCCAACGGAGGAGGGGUGGCAGCAGGAAGUCUGGUAGCUGUGUUACAGUCUGCAGGAGCUGCUGGUUUGUCGGCCACCGCCACUGCUGCUCUAGCCGGCGCUGGAGGCACCGUCGGAGCUGGUACUGGAUGGGUAGCAAGCAAAUUAUAUAAAGGGAAGAAGAAGAAGGAGGAAAAAGAUCAAGAAGAUGAAGAUAAAGAAGAAGAGGAAGAUAAAGAAGAAGAUGAGGAAGAUGAAGAAGAUGAGGAAGAUAAAGAAGAAGAUGAGGAAGAUAAAGAAGAAGAUGAGGAUGAUAAAGAAGAAGAUGAGGAAGAUAAAGAAGAAGAUGAGGAUGAUAAAGACGAAGAUGAGGAAGAUAAAGACGAGGAAGAUGGAAAAAAGCAACAGUGAGAAGCCGUUGUUUCACUGUUGGUGUCAUGUUCACUUCCUAAUUAACACUACUCUGUUAUUGCUGCAUGGUGGCGCAGUGGUUAGCACUGGUGCCUCGCAGCACGAAGGUCGCAGGUUCUAAACUCGCCUUUCUGCGUGGAAUUGCGUGUUCUCCCCAUGCAUGUGUGGGUUUCCUCCGGUUACUCCGGUUUCCCCCACAGAUCACAACCAUAGACUGUACAUAUACUGGACAAUUCGAUUCCAUAGGCUUCAAUAACACGUUAUCUGUCCAUAAUGGGAGGUGUCCACCACCGCCAUUUUGACCGUGUCACAGGUUCCGUCCAGCCCAGACAAUUCCAUAAAAGGGAAGAGAGGAGGCGCUGAGGGUGUGGCUGUAAGGCUGGGCUCGAGUGACGACACCCAGGCGAACUAGCUACGAGCUAACCUGAAGCUAACCCUGGCUAACCCAAAGCUAAAGCGGAGGUGGGAGCCGAGCUAACGGAUGUAGCCACCUAGCUUCAACCCAACCGGAGCUAACUGGAACACCCAUCGACCUGAACCUCACACGGAGUUUAGGUGGAGGUUUUCUGCGCCUGUUCGUGAGAAGUACCUGUAUUAAAAAAGUUUUAAAUCGCCAUUUGGAUCAUUGGGGACAGCUGAGUGAGGCGUGGUGCCCAGAGAGCUGCAGAGACAACCUUGGCCUCCCUGACGUCUGUGUCUCCUGGUUCGGUUGGGGCGGACCAUCGACAUACAUACAUGUGCCGACACUGUGCCCUGUUUUAUAAAAUGUAGUGUUAAAAAUAAAUGUUUUUGCUCAA